AUGGCCUCCGCCCCCCAACCACAGCUGACGGUGAAGAUGUCGAAGCAGGCGCUCCGCUCCACCCUCAAGAAGACGUUGGCGGCGCUCCCGGCGCUGGCCAUCGCCGCCCAGCUGGCGCUGGUGGCGCGCCACGUCGCCGCCCUCCCCGAGUACGCCGCCGCCCGCCGCAUCGCCCUCUAUAUGAGCAUGGACGCCGAGGCGCAAACGGCGCCGGUGAUCCACCAGGCGUUUGCCGAUGGCAAACGGGUAUUCUUGCCUCGCUGUGAGUCGGCAGCGGUCCCCGGAAGAAAACGGAACCACUUGCGGAUGCUCGAGGUGCCGCUGGAAGCAGCGGUGCUGCAGCUUCAGCCCCAAGGCAAGUACCAGUUGCGCGAGCCGCUCUCCGGUGCUGAGGGCCUAGACGAAGGGCUCGACCUUAUCGUGGUGCCGGGAGUAGCGUUUCUGGCGGCGAAAGCUCGUUUGGGCCACGGCGCCGGCUUCUACGACGAGUUCUUCCUGGUGUACCAGGCGCGCCACGGUCGAUUGCCGUUUUUGGUCGGGGUGGGGCUUGAGCCGCAACUCGUGGAUAACGUACCCACCGAAGCCCACGACGUGCCCCUAGAUGCCGUCAUUGUUGGCGACGCCGUCUUUCGCUAG